AUGUCGUCUAUUCCAACUACUCAUCUGAGCCCUUGGCUGAGCUCGCUACGCAGUGUCGUUGACGAUUCUGACUCCGACCUGGACUCCCCGCCGGCUUCGGACUUGGGCAGCGAUAUCUUUGACGACCACUCGGGGCUUCUGUCUCUGCAGACGAGUACUGAUUUUGGUAUUUGGCCGAAUAGUACGGUUGAGGACUCGGAUGCUCUUUGGCGCUUCGUGCCGACCGGACUUCGGAAAAUCAUAACAGUUAGAACGGCGAAAACCGCUCGCUGCUUCGCAGUGGCGCACACGCAUGGGCUAGGCUGUGCACUUGGAGAAAAGCACCUGGACAAGACCGGACGCGAAACUCCCGCCGUGCUGGUGACCAGCUUCCACGUCCACAUUUCCGCGCACACUGUCAAUUUCCAUAUUCACAACCAUGCAUAG